CUGGCUAGCUACCUCUCUUCCUUGUGCAAUGUCUUCAAACCUGAAACCCUUAACAUUCUCUUCUACUUCACUUCCUUCUCCUUCUACAAAGUCAAAAGACCCAAAAAAACCAUGGAGACCCUUUACUACAAACUGCUGUUCAGUAGAAGAUCAUGUAGUCUUUAGAAAUUUCAGCAGGUGCAGACCUUCCCGGUCGGAAUUCUCUAAGAAGGUUGCCGAGUUACCGUCUUUUCGCUGGUUAUCCUUCUCUGAUCUUAGUAGUAGUACUUCAUCAACUCGAAUCAAUGAAGAUCUGGCUCAUUCUUUUGGUCCUGAUUUAUUUGAUUUUCAACUGAGUGAGCUACGUGCAAUAACCCAAAAUUUCUCUAGCAAUUUCUUAUUGGGAGAAGGUGGGUUUGGCACUGUCCACAAAGGGUACAUUGAUGAAAAUUUAAGGACAGGGUUGAAGGCUCAGGCUGUUGCUGUUAAGAUUCUAGAUAUUGAAGGUCUACAAGGGCACAGGGAAUGGCUGGCGGAAGUGAUAUUUCUUGGGCAACUCAGGCACCCGAAUUUAGUGAAAUUAAUUGGCUACUGUUGUGAAGAUGAAGAUAGGCUUCUGGUUUAUGAGUUCAUGCCUAGGGGAAGUUUGGAGAAUCACCUCUUUAAGAGGAUCUCCGUAUCAUUACCGUGGGGAACGAGGCUUAAGAUCGCAAUUGGAGCUGCAAAAGGCCUAGCUUUCUUGCAUGGUGCUGAGAAACCUGUCAUAUACCGCGAUUUCAAGACUUCUAAUGUCCUACUGGACUCUGAUUUCUCAGCUAAAUUAUCCGAUUUUGGGCUUGCAAAGAUGGGCCCAGAGGGAUCAAAUACACAUGUUACAACCCGAGUGAUGGGGACAUAUGGAUAUGCAGCACCAGAAUAUGUCACCACAGGGCACUUGACUGCUAAAAGUGAUGUGUAUAGCUUUGGGGUGGUACUACUAGAGCUACUAACUGGAAGGAGAGCAAUGGAAAAAACGAGGCCCAAGAGUGAACAAAAUCUUGUUGAUUGGGUGAAACCCUACUUGACAAGUAGCCGGAAGCUGCGCUACGUCAUGGAUCAAAAACUGGCCGGUCAGUAUUCCGUCAAGGGAGCACGUGAAAUGGCUUCUUUGGCACUAAAAUGUGUGAGUUCACAUCCUAAAGAUAGACCAAGGAUGCCUGUGAUUGUUGAGAUACUUGAAGAGAUACAACAUCUAAGGGACAUGGCAGGCAGUUGUGGACAGUGGCAAGGGACAUCAAAAUCUACCAAGAAUGGAGCUUCUAUUAAAGGAAGAAGAGAGAUUAGAACUGGGGGUUAUAGGAGAUGAUCUUGCCAGAAAAUUCAAUCUCAGAUCUAUUGAAAUUGAAGCAUUCUCAAGUGUAGAGAGGCAUUGUACAUGUACUAUAUGUAUAAGGAGUAAGAUAUGGGGGAAAAAUAAGACAUAUAAUAUAUAAUAUAUAUGACAUAUAUACGUGUUUCACUUUUGUAAAUAUAGUGAAAGAAUAUAAUGCAUGCUUAUGAAAUAUGGAAACCAUUUUAAGUGUGUUCAAGUUAAUUAAGAUGCAAA